AAAACAGGUAUAUAAAAGCUACAUUGUUUACGAAGUCAUUCAUAACUUUCACUUAGUUACAAAUUAUCUCUUAAGGUGCCAAAACUGAAUGAAAAUGCUUGCCAAGAUAAUCAUUGCUUUCGUUGUGAUUGGAGUUGUUGCAGCUAAUCAUCAUGACCAACAUCAUCAUGAGCAUCACCAUCCACAUCCAUACAAGUUUGGUUAUGAGGUGAAAGGUAAGGAAGGAUCCCACCACAGACACGAGGAAGGUGAUGGACAUGGAGGUGUCAAGGGUAGCUAUGGAUAUGUUGACCAUCACGGAAUCCACAGGGAAGUUCACUAUGUGGCCGAUAAGGCAGGUUACAGAGCCGAAGUUAAAACCAACGAACCUGGAACUGCCAAUCAAGAUCCAGCUCAUGUUAAGCUUCAUUCUCAUGCAGUUCACCAUCACAUUGAACCUCAUCAUCAUCACCAUCAUGAACCUCAUCAUCACCAUCAGGAGCCUCAUCAUGCUCAUCAUAACCAUCACGGACACCAUUGGCAACAUCAUGCAUAAGACCAAAUAUGCAUUUCUCAGCCAUUCAACUCUAUCAAUGGGUAUUCGUGGCAGAUUAGUUUGGUUAAUUGAUUUGGUUAAUAGUUCUGUUUGGUCAACUAAAUUCGAUUGAAUAUAUUUCACAGUUCGAAAGUGUUUAUCAAUUCUACGAUCUCGUUCGACUAGCGUUCUCAAAAAACUGGUAGUAAAAUAACGGAUAUUUGAAAACUCCCUACUUUACAUUUACAAGUUAAUAAUCUAAGAACAGAAAUCCCUCGCAGAGAUUAUCUAACAGAAAUAUUUUUUAAAUCAAUUGGAAAUGUAAAAAAGGGAGCUUUCGAAUGUGUUUUAGAAAUUUCGCUACCAGUUUUUUCUUUUUUUGUUUUGAUUUUCAGAGGACGUUGGUUAGCCUACAUUUGACGCGUCAAACUGACCUUGCACAUUAAAAGAAGUGGAAAAAAUAUUCUGUUAUUUGACUAUUGAGAUGAUGCAUUGAUAACUUUUACAUCAUGUAAAUAAAAAUAAAAAAAAUAUUUAAAAAAGGUUUUAGGUUAGAUAUGGUGACUUAUACCCUAAAAAAAUGUCCAAUAAUUCUUUUAAAUAAAUCAUUUUAAAAUAAAUUUAUAAAUGCUAUAAUUAGAUAAAACAAGCACAAAUUUGACUAUCACUUUAAAAAGUAAAAUUUCUAAAGAAAAUUCAUAAAGUGCUAUAUUUAUUCUUGAUAUCGGAAAAGGUCUAAUGAUGAUACCAUAUAAAAACGAAUUAUAGAUAAAGCUUAACUGAAACACGUAUAAUAAAGGAAAGCGAACUUCUAUUUUUGUUUCCAUUCGCAAUCAACAUAGCUUGGUUUUGGGCUAGGUACUAAAGUGGGCUUGCGUCAUUUUAUAACUGCUUAAAUGAAUCUAGGCAUUUAGGUUCCUUUUGUGUAUUGUCGAUAAUUUAUUUAUUGAUCAUUAUUGUGGAAUAAAAUGAAUUUUAAUCUUUA